GAAGACAGACACUCAUUCUUUUUCGAAACAUGCAUGUUAUUUGUUAUCUUCUACUCGGGGCGCAAAUGGGUAGGUACAAAUCGGUGAAGGCGCAGUGAUGCGAUCUAGAGAGGUCUCUUGCUUAGGUCCGAGUCCUCACGAAGAUUAUUCAACAGAACAUUGGAAGCUUCUCCCUUUCUCUUUUCUAUUCUCGUUGCCUGAUCCUUGCUGAAGGCUAUUACUAUUGAUGGCUUAUUUGACUGACGGUAUUGAUACGCCGCGAUAGAAACCUCUGGCUAGGGCAUACUGCGGUCUCUGAUCGCCUCCCCAAACAAUCUUCAAAAGGUUUACGUAAAUCGGAGCAUACACGAUUCAAAAAUAUAAAAGACCAUGGGAAGUGGGAACAGGCUGAAUCCACCAUAAGAUGUUCACCACAGAUCGUCUUAUCCUGCGCGGUUUUGAGGACUCGGACGUUGAGAUUUUGUUUUCACUCCAAAAAUGAUGUUCGAGUCCAGCGUCAUCUCGUCAUACAAAGAGUUCUUGAAGGAACAGGCGGAAAACUCGACGAUAUGGUUUUCGAUCAUAGAGAAAAAUAAUGGAGUAUUCAUGGGACAGUGCAGCAUCAAAGUCAACCAGCCGAAAAACAGAGAUGGAGUCUUUGAUAUUUCGAUGUUGCCUCGGUAUUGGAACAAGGGGUAUGGAACGGAGGCGUCGAGGUUUAUGGUGGAUUAUGCAUUCAAGGCGUUAGGGUUGAACCGCGUUUCAUUAUCUGUACAUGAGGGUAAUGCGGGCGCGAUGGCUAUGUAUAAGAAAAUCUAUGGGGAUAGAGGGUUCGUGGAAGAAGGGAGGAAAAGACGAGCUAAUUGGGUCGAGGGGCACUGGGAAGACACCAUAAACAUGGGCGUACUGAGUGAAGAAUGGGCUGCACGAUAUUGGAAUGAAGAUACCAGUUAG